ACCACCGAGAAUCAAGUCCCAGAACCCCCCGCGAUGCAGUUCAAGCUCUCCGUUGCAGCACUCGCCGCCAUCGUCGCGGCCGUCGCUGCAAUCCCGUCUGUCAUAGUGCUGACAUCCUACACACAACCCGAGGUUGCCACCGAUCUCGUCACCGAGGCAGAGAUGAUCCAGUGGCUCAAGUCGACCGAUGCUGAGCUCACCUUCAUCGGCGAGCCGAUCCCAGGUGUCAAUGCGCCCGAAGGGCUUGUCUCGCGCGCCGCGCAGAACACGAUGGUCACGUACUGCAGCCGCCGCAUCGACAACGUCUGCGGCGGCGCGUGCACCGUGUAUAACGGCGGGGCGACGUGCCUCAGCGCGCCGAACACGCAAUGCCUUGCCGCUACGAAUAACGUUGGUUUCUGCGACCGCAGCGGAUGCGGAGGUAGCUGCAACCAGCUCUCGAGCUGCGGGACGCGCCUGGACAACAAUUAUUGCUACACGCCGGGCACUGCGUCGAUCCUCGUCGGCAAUUAUUAAGCCCAGUUUGGGAGUGUAGGCAAGGGAAUACUGAAUGUGCCGAGGACGGCGAUGGGCCAUGGUGAUGUAUAAGGGUGUCUGAUUGUCGAUGCAUGAGAGCCUAGCUUUGUACUGAGAACUUGACGCAACGCGAAAGGCUUUGA